AUGAAUUCAGUAAAUUUUCACGACGCAAAAGCUGAAAAGGCUAACGCGAUCGCGAGGCGGCGGAGGAUGCAGCGAAUCACGGCCUUGUUCCGUUUUGCCGAGCUUUUGAUUUUCCUCAUAACCGCUUCCAGAUUUUCGACUCAGUUGGCUUUUUACCCAAAUCUGUCAGCCGCGUGGUUCAAGGGAAUUCCGGCGGCACUAGCCAGCCAUCGCUUCAUUUUCCUGGCCGGAAACGCGAUAGUGGUCGUCCUCCUCCUGAAGUCCGGCCGAUUCUCCCCGGACGGCGGCGGGGAGGCCGUCGAUAUCUACGACGAGUACACGAGGAGAUCUCGCGGAGACGAUCGGCGGAAUAUUGGGGAGGAGGAGAGGAGGGGACCGGGCGGCGUGUGCGGUUAUGGCGUAGUCGGCGCGGGAGGGAAGAUGAACAGGUGCGGAUCUGAGAUCGUUGGGAGGGCGGCUGGGCGAGGGGAGGAGGUGCGGAGGGAUCUGCGGCGGAGCGCGAGCGAGAGGUGCCGGGAAAGCAGCGGCGACGGAGGGAGAAGGGCGGCGGGCGGCGCGGGCGGUUAUGGCGUAGUCGGCGCGGAGAGGAAGAUGAACAGGUGCAGAUCUGAGAUCGUUGGGAGGGCGGCGGGGCGAAGGGAGGAGGUGCGGAGGGAUCUGCGGCGUAGCGCUAGCGAGAGGUGCCGGGAAAGCGACGGCGACGGAGGGAGGAGGGCGGCGGGCGGCGGUUGUUCGUUCGCGGAGGAAGAGAUGAGCGGCGAGGAGUUCCGGCGGACGGUGGAGGCGUUUAUCGCGAGGCAGCAGAGGAUUUUGAGGGAGGAGUAA